AUGGAGUUUCCAGCGCCCUUCAUCUCACUGAUUGAGCAGUGUAUAUCUACAGCAAGGUUCUCUAUUGCCAUCAAUGGGGAAUUGUGCGACCAUUUCACAGCCUCAAAGGGGUUGAGACAAGGUGACUCCAUCUCACCCUAUCUAUUUGUAUUGGUCAUGGAAGUUUUCUCACAGAUGCUAAGGAAGGCAUACAACAACAACCUCAUAGGAGCUCACAAUAGCACCUCGAACCCCCAAGUUACCCAUCUAGCGUUUGCCGAUGACAUCAUGGUUUUCUUCGACGGGAAACUAAUUUCCCUAUCAAACAUUACUGGGGUUCUCCAGGAGUUCUCAGACGCCUCAGGUCUUCAAAUGAAUAAGAGCAAGACAAACUUAUACCUAGCGGGAGUGAACCAGGUGGAAACCUCCCAGAUGGCUUCCCUUGGCUUCAACAUCGGAUCACUACCAGUAAGGCUGCAACUCCUAUCCUCCGUGAUCCAUGGUACACUUAACUUCUGGAUGUCGGCUUUUAUACUCCCUAAAGGUUGCAUCAAGAAGAUUGAGAGUCUAUGCAAGAACUUCCUGUGGAAUGGUGAUGUAACCAAGCGAGGGUCAGCAAAAGUCGCUUGGAGUAGUGUUUGUCUCCCAAAAGAAGAAGGGGGAUUGGGAUUGAGAAACCUAAGCAUUUGGAACAGAACACUCUGCCUCAAAUUAAUUUGGAGACUGUUUGAUGCCCCCGACUCGUUGUGGGCUAUGUGGUUGCGCAAUACCAAGAUAAAGGAUGGAUCAUUCUGGGCUAUGGAUGCAAAGAAACAAUCCUCAUGGACUUGGAAGGCCUUGUUGAACCUUAGACACACUGCAAGACGCUUCCUAAAGGCAAGGCUCGGUAACGGUCAGCAGAUAAAUUUCUGGUACGAUUGGUGGACGCCUUUUGGCCCCUUAAUAGACUACCUUGGUCCUUCCGGCCCAUAUCAAAUGGGUAUCCCUCCGCAAGGUCAGGGAAGAUGCUCAAGCAGUGGAAUGAAACAAUCAUCACGCUCAUACCAAAAACCCCAAACGCUCAACGGAUGGGGGAGUUCCGUCCCAUUGCUUGCUGCAACACUCUUNUGUGGUCGGUACCAGGAAACCCGUGAUCACCUAUUCCUCCACUGUGAGGUCAGCGAGGAACUCUGGUCGGAAGUAACUAGAAGACUUGGAUACCGGUCAUUCUCCUUUCACACUUGGGAAGCAUUCAUCAGCUGGUUGGACAUGAAGGAUAAAACAUCCACACGUCCCCUACGCAGGCUAGUGGCUCAAGCCGUUGUCAACGCUUUAUGGUGGGAACGUAACACUAGACACCACCUCAACAUGUCCACUGAGACUACUAUCUUAUUCAAAGGUCUUGACAGGCAGAUUAGGGAUGCUAUCCUGGCGAAGAAGAAUAGGAAGUGUUUUAGGACCGCUAUGCGGAUAUGGUUAAAGUUCGUUUAG